AUGUGUUUUCUUGCCCCCCGAAUUGAUCAUUGUUGUUCUUGGGUAGUCAAAUCCUUCAAGAGCAUAGUGUUUCACUUUCCCUUCCUCAUUUCCAAGGCAUACGCAACAUCACCAAUUUCAACACCAAACACCAUAUGCCAGAAAAAUGUAUAUAUUAAGAAUAAAUGGUAUAAUGCUACUAUCAAGUCUGAACAAUUUCAGUUCCAAACGCCCUUCUUCCUAGCCGCCCCUUCAUUCGCGCAACAUUAA